AUGGUAUGCAGAUUUGUCGAGUUAGAAACCUCAAUUCGUGGUACUUUGGGUUCACUUAAUAAUGCUCCUGAAAAUCUUCGGCCAGAAGCAUGGACAAUUUUGAAAGAUCUUAUUAAAGUAUUGAAGCCCUUUGAAGAAUUUACUAAAGCUAUAAGUGGACAAAGAUACACGAUUGCGUCAUUAGUAAUAGUUAUUGCUCAAGGACUCUUUAAAGUUUAUAAUAGUUUAAGAAAAACUAACCUGGCACCAAGAGUUUUACAUGUGGUUGAUAAACUUAUAGCUAAUAUGAAUGAAAGAGACGGAUUUAAAAAUUUAGAAAAAAGUAAAACUCUUUCAAGAUGCACAUUUCUUGACCCACGAUUUAAACACAUUCCAUUUAACCAUAAUGAUAUUCUAUUGAAUACUACAAAAAAUGAUUUAAUAGAAAAAACGGCAAACAUUAUUCGUAGCAAAUAUACCGAAGAGUAUGAAUCAGUAAGUUUGGCAGAUGUUAACACAAAUCCCAAUAACGAACAACCAUCUAUAUGGGAUGAUAUUGACAGUUGUGUAGCCAAGUCAACACCUAUUGGAACUGCAACAUCAAGAGCUAUUGUGGAACUGCAACGUUACAUGGAAGAUUCGAUAAUUUCUAGACAUCAAGAUCCAUUAAAAUGGUGGAAAGACCACAGUUAUAACUACCCAAAUUUGAAUCUUGAAAUGGAUACAAAUUUUUUAGUUGCUCAUUUUUUUGAUGACGAAUCUGUUGAAGCUGUGCCUUCAAUUUGGUUUAUAGGAAAAAGAUUAUGUGCUUGA